CGUCAUCGCGCACCGUGCAGGAAAAGGAACUGAGGAGAUCGUGAUGAGUUCAUAACUCUCCGCUUAAUACUGGAAUGUAACUAAACCUAUUUUAAACAGGUUUAACCUUGUUUGACACUGAUCCAAGUGAUUUUAUAAGCUUUCGAGGAUGUCUGCGUCAGCUGUGUUCGUGCUGGAUCUGAAGGGGAAGGUGCUGAUAUGCCGCAACUACAAAGGCGAUGUUGACAUGUCCGAGAUUGACCACUUCUUCAACCUGCUAAUGCAACAGGAAGAGGAGGGGCUUGUUUGCCCUGUAAUGUCACAUGGCAGCGUCCACUUCCUCUGGAUCAAGCACAGCAAUCUGUACUUGGUGGCAACUACCAACAAGAACUCUAAUGCGUCAUUGGUGUACGCCUUUCUGUACAAGCUAGUGGAGGUGUUCACUGAGUAUUUCAAGGAGUUGGAGGAAGAGAGCAUUCAGGAUAACUUUGUUGUCGUGUACGAGCUGCUUGAUGAGCUCAUGGACUUUGGAUUCCCACAGACAACGGACAGCAAGAUUCUUCAAGAGUACAUCACACAGCAGGGUAACAAACUUGAGGUGGCCAAGACCAAAGUGCCCACUACGGUCACCAACGCCGUGUCCUGGAGAUCAGAGGGCAUUAAAUACAAGAAGAACGAAGUUUUCAUCGACGUAAUUGAAUCCAUUAAUGUGCUAGUGAAUGCUAACGGCAGUGUUAUGAGCAGUGAUAUUGUGGGCAGCAUCAAGCUGAAGACGAUGCUCUCAGGAAUGCCAGAGCUCAGGUUGGGCCUCAACGACCGCGUGCUGUUCGCCCUUACCGGCCGAGACAAAGGGAAGACUGUUACCAUGGAGGAUGUGAAGUUUCAUCAGUGUGUCCGUCUGUCGCGUUUCGAGAGUGACCGAACCAUCUCCUUCAUCCCACCUGACGGAGAGUCCGAGCUCAUGUCAUAUCGUAUCAACACACAUGUAAAGCCACUCAUUUGGAUCGAGUCAGUUAUCGAGAAGUUCUCUCACAGUCGGGUGGAGAUCAUGGUUAAGGCUAAAGGACAAUUUAAAAAGCAGUCUGUAGCCAAUAACGUUGAGAUUCGUGUGCCUGUGCCGAGUGAUGCAGACUCUCCCAAGUUUAAAACCAGCACAGGUCACGCUAAAUACGUUCCUGAAAAGAACUGGGUGGUGUGGAGCAUUAAAUCCUUCCCAGGUGGAAAGGAGUUUCUCAUGCGAGCCCACUUCGGCCUGCCAAGUGUGGAAAAUGAUGAGAAAGAGGGAAAACCUCCGAUCACCGUCAAGUUUGAGAUCCCAUAUUUCACAGUGUCAGGCAUACAGGUACGAUACAUGAAGAUCAUUGAGAAGAGUGGCUAUCAGGCUCUGCCGUGGGUUCGCUACAUCACACAGAGCGGAGAUUACCAGCUCAGGACAAACAACUAAUGGACACUGCAGACACAUGACUCGGACUAAGAAUUGCACAUCAAAUUAUUAUUUUUCUGGAAGAAAAAGACGUUUAUGUAAUGUUUAUGUCUGUUAUUAGUCGAUUUUGUCCUGUCAGAAUUUCAUUAGAAAAAAGAUUUGACGCUGAAUGUAAACAUACCAAACAUUUCAGUCACAAUGUAUUUUCACAAGUGCUUUUUGCACCAAAUCAUGGAAUAUGUUGUCAAUCAUUUUUAUUUGCCCUGAUAUUGCAAUAAAUUUAAUAUAUUUGUCUUGAAA